GCGGGGAAGAAAGGAAGAAGGAAGGGAGCGAGGAGGGGACCGGGGCGUGGUGACCCGGGACGGCUUCUCGCACUGCUUCUCUCCUCUCCUCCGCAGCCUAACCUGUGGGCAGGGCUUUCGCGCGGGGCCUUGGGAGUGAGGGCUGGUGGAACAGGAAGAAAUUCUAAUUGGGCUAAGAAGAAAAGAAAAGAAAAGCCAUGUUUCAAAGACCUAUUUUACAGGUACUUCGUCAAUAUGCAAGGCAUUACUCUGAGGGAAGUACCAGUUUAGUUCUUGAAAGAUCUCUUAAUCGUGUCCAGUUACUUGGAAGAGUGGGUCAGGAUCCUGUUCUAAGACAGUCGGAAGGAAAAAACCCAGUCACGAUCUUUUCUUUGGCCACAAAUGAGAUGUGGAGAUCAGGGGAAAGUGAGACAUUACAACAGAGUGAUGUCAGCCAAAGGACCACAUGGCACAGAAUAUCAGUUUUCAGGCCGGGCCUGAGGGACCUUGCAUAUCAGUAUGUGAAAAAAGGGGCUCGAGUUUUUGUGGAAGGGAAAAUAGACUAUGGUGAAUACACGGAUAGAAACAAUGUGAGACGACAAGCCACAACAAUCAUAGCUGAAAAUAUCAUAUUUCUGAGUGACUUCAUAAAAGAGAAGGAGUGAAAUGGGCGACUCAUUCAAGUCCAGUAUUGGGACAUUCUCAUUUGAAAUCAUGUAUAAUCUUUGGAAUUGCUUUUGACAAGAAUUAAAAUAUACUUUUACAAAUACAUAUAAAA